AUUAGUACUGGCCUGGCUGAUCGCUCCUACUAUCGGCUCCUCAUCUCGAUCGGCGCAGUGUUGUCGAGCCCGUGUCGCGGUCAGGCGUACGGACAGGCGGCCGCAGCUCCGGGAUCCGUCUCCGUCUGUCACCGAGCGCAGGGCGGACUUUAACAACCGACGCAGACCGGGGGCUUUUUUUUUUUUUUUUUAAUUUUUAAUUUUUUUUUUUUCCUCUUUUUCUCUCUGCGAUCCGGCGUCUCCAACCACAGGGCCUCUUCUUCAGUUCACAGGGGGAGAAGUGGGUGUUUCGGCGGCGGUGUCCUCGAUGGCAGGCUGGAAGGACGGCUCGGUGCAGGAGAAGUACCGGCUGGUGGUGGUCGGAGGCGGCGGCGUCGGGAAAUCUGCCCUCACCAUCCAGUUUAUCCAGUCGUACUUUGUCACUGACUAUGACCCCACAAUCGAGGACUCGUACACUAAACAGUGUGUGAUUGACGAAAGGGCGGCCAGGCUUGACAUCCUCGACACGGCUGGACAGGAAGAGUUUGGAGCCAUGAGAGAACAAUACAUGAGGACAGGGGAGGGUUUCCUGCUCGUCUUCUCAGUCACUGACAGAGGAAGCUUUGAAGAAAUCUACAAAUUCCAAAGACAGAUUCUCCGAGUCAAAGACAGAGACGAGUUCCCGAUGAUCCUUGUAGGAAACAAAGCAGAUCUGGAACUGCAGAGACAAGUAACCCAGGAAGAGGGCCAGCAGCUGGCCAGACAAUUAAAGGUCACGUAUAUGGAGGCUUCGGCUAAAAUCCGAAUGAACGUAGACCAGGCUUUCCACGAGCUGGUUAGAGUAAUCAGGAAAUUCCAGGAACAGGAAUGUCCACCGUCACCGGAGCCGACGAGAAAAGAGAAAGACAAGAGCGGCUGCCAUUGUGUGAUCGUCUGAGUCAGCCUUAUCACUGUAACUCAUGCAGCUACUCGACCGCCCCGCCCCACUCUGCCUGACAUCGCAUCCGGAACGGAUGACUGACCGCUGCCUUCUCCACGUGCAUGACUUCAGACGGCCUUUUCUGAGAUACUCUGACCAGGAUCCGCUGUCCCCGGGACAUCACUAUGGACAACUGACAAUGCCAAAUUUUAACACCACUCUACCUUCAGCCAUAAUCUAAUUCACAUAAGAGAGUCCCAACACUAAACAUUGCCUUCUAAAUCAGCCUGAAAAAUUAAUGUUUUGUACUCUGAUGGACUUCUCUUGCCUUCUAGUGACAUUUGUACUUGCUACCGAGAUUGAAUGAAAACUAUAUAUCCAGAAUGUUAAUUUAGUUUCCAAUGUCUGACCAGAGCAGAGAGAUUAUCUUAUGAAGCUUUGUGUAUGUUGUGCCAUAUCCACUUUUAUUCCCAUGUGCUAAUCUGCUACUGUACAUAUGUGACAUUUGUUGUGAUUUUCAAAGUGUAUUUCUAAUGACCUAUUAAAUCACCACAGUACAGUGUGUGAGGUUGAGUUUGGUUUUACAUAUAUGAAAUUGAAUAUAUAAAGUAUGUAUAUAAAUCUUAUGCCUAGACAGCCCUUAAAGCUACAAUGAUAGACGUUUCUGGCAUUCUGCAGUGGAUUUCUUACUCUUUCUGUGGUUCCUGCUUUCAUUUCAUUGCUAGAUAUGGAGUGUUCACUGUAAUUGAUGAAGUCUUAUACUGUAGUUUGAAUGAUUUUCAUCUUCUUCAAUUUCCGCAAAGUAUCAGGAGUAGCAAAUACGUCUGAAUUUCUUUCUUCAAAGGUGGCGGUUCAGUAAACAAUGAACUUUGUGCAUUUUAUCAGAUUUCUAAGAAGCAGUAGAGACACAAUUAUUGGUAGCAUAUUGUAUAGCUUUGGAAAAAAAAAUAGAGUGAUUUCACAUAAAAAGGGUGAUCACCGUAUAUUAAACUUUUGAAAACUAAUGUAAACAGACCCAUUAUGUGCAAGAAAAAAAAAAAGAUGCUUUAGAGCUCAGUCUGGUUUAAAUCAUUCCAGUGUAACACAUUUCUGUCAGUCAUUCAGUCUAUCAUACCGCGCAAAUAACUGAUACACCAUUCCAGUGACACAGUGGCAAUGUAUUUGUUUUAUGUCAUUGAGAUACUCUGUUAGACGCAUCUUCUCCCCAAUCGCCUCGUCAGUCAAAAUCCAGGAAAAAUGAAAAGGAUCGAGACCCGAUCGGCUCAUCUCCGAGACAUGAACUGAGCAGACCUGCCGCCCGAGGAGCUGCCGCCGCCACAGACAAAAAAAAUAUCGUUCUGCCUUCCCUUUCCACUUCUGUACUUCUGUUCAGGCUUUCAAAUGAAGUACCGCAGUUUGUUUUUCAUAUCAUCGUCUUGUAAUAUACACAAUGACAAAAUCAGAUGAUGAAGUAAUAGGACUUGAUUAAAUGUUUCUACUCUACUUUUAUACAUUAUUUUCUUAUCAAACUAGUUGACAAGUAUUUUUCUAUGUUUAUAAGUGAAUACAUGUUCACAGCACAGCUGUGUAUAUAUGUAUAAAGAAGAAUAUUUAAUUAUCUGGAUUAUUAUAAAGAUGACUGUUGGCCAAAAUUUGAAAAAUUGGAUUCUUCUCCCAGAUGUGACCAAGAAUGUUUUUCUUCUAAUUGUUGCGUAAUGAUGGAGAAUAUAUUUAUCUAGAGGUGUUUAUCGGCAUCUUGAAAGACAAGAGGGUUUUAGAAAAGACUUUGGUCUUUUAAAAGGAGCUUUAAAUCACAUGAAUGAAAUAAAAAUAUAACCACCAAGAUUUGACAUACCCAUUUCCCAACCUAGUGCAAAUUCUAGUGUUCAUUCAGAUCAUACUGUUAUUUUUUUUUCUUUUCUUUUUUGUUUUUCUUUUUCAUCCUCAGUGUGUUUUGCCCUGUGUUUAGCUUUUGGUGCUAAAAUAAAAUCUGUCAUUGAGCCA